GGGGGGAGGACCCUCCGCCCUUUCGCGCCGCUGAGGCGCUUCUCUCCCCGCCUUGUUCUUUAAAGCGCGCAGGAGGCGAGAGCUCGCCUCGGCACAGGAGCAGCAGCAGCAGCCGCAGUAAACGCCGCCCAGAAGGUGGCGGAGCGCCCAGGCGGAGCCCGGAAGGCGCAAAGCGAGCCGGCGCCUGCUUCGCCCCGGGCUCCUCCGCUCGGCUUCCGAGCUUCGAGGAGGGAGCGCGCCCAGCGCCGCAGGGCGAGAGGGCAGAGCGCGGGGCUCGGCGGGCGGAGGCAGCGCGGCGCUUUGGCGGGCAGCCUCCUCGGAGCGCGCCAGAGAGACCAUGCCGAAGAAGAAGCCCAUGCCCAUCCAGCUCCACCCCGCGCCCGACGGCUCCGCCAUCAACGGGACCAGCGCGGCCGAGUGAGUCAGGCGGUAGGGACGGAGGGGGAGGCAAGCGGAGCGGGGCCGCGCUGGGGUCCCUCGCCGGGCCGCCCUGGUGCUUUCCUGCCCUCGGAGCGCAGGACUUCUUUCCCCGGACUUCGGGGGAAGAUGGGGGCGCGGGGGGGGGGACUUGGAGGGGUGGGAAAAGACGCCCGGCGCAAAUCCAGGAGCCCCUCGUUCCCCUUUGUUGUUGUUGUUGUUUAGUCGUUUAGUCGUGUCCGACUCUUCUUGACUCCAUGGACCAGAGCACGCCAGGCACUCCUGUCUUCCACUGCCUCCCGCAGUUUGUUCAAACUCAUGCUGGUCGCUUCGAAAACACUAUCCAACCAUCUCGUCCUCUGUCGUCCCCUUCUCCUUGUGCCCUCCAUCUUUCCCAACAUCAGGUUCUUUUCCAGGGAGUCUUCUCUUCUCAUGAGGUGGCCAAAGUACUAGAGCCUCAGCUUCAGGAUCUGUCCUUCCAGUCAGGGCUGAUUUCAGCUCAGGGCUGAUUUCCUUCAGAAUGGAUAGGUUUGAUCUUCUUGCAGUCCAUGGGACUCUCAAGAGUCUCCUCCAGCACCAGAAUUCAAAAGCAUCAAUUCUUCGCAUUCUUAGUUGCUUUUAAAGUGGUUGUUCGAAACUGUAGCUGAAGAGCACAGGAAUAUUCUUGUGGGUUCAGGCUCGUGUGUAGGGGUCUUUUCAAAGAAAGGGAGGAAAUGAGUGAAUGGACUACUGAGUGAAUGGACUACUGAGUGAAUGGACUACUGAGACUCGGAAUCUGCGCUUAUUAAACCACUUCUCCCCGCCAAAGAUAAAAUUAUGGCUGGAGGUUAAGUUGUAAACUGCCCUAGUGCAAGGACUCGCUAGCUACAGGUUUCUCUGCUGAAGACCAUUGUAGAGGACUUCCCCGAAUGUUUUGUAGCUGCUGCAUCGCUAAAAGCAGCGCCUGUGAAAAAGAGACACUUAAAAAAAAUUAUUUGUGAGUUGGCAGAGCCUUUCCGCACCCUCCAGCUCCAAUCUGCAGUGACAGUUUUGUGGCUGCCAAAACUGCAUUAAUUGUUUGCAGGAAAUGCUACUUAAACGCGCAAGUAAGACACCUGCAAUAACAUGUUUGCAUAACCCCACGGAAUCGCCAUACUGUGCUGUUGCUAUGCUGACUACAGGCUAUUCCAGCAAAGUGGAUGUUCUCUGACAUCUCCAGAUAACAGAACUGAAGAUGUUCUUCUGUUUGCACAUCACAAUCCGGGCGCUGGGGAUGAAGGGUGGAGUGCGGGAUGAAACAGCAAGCAGCUCAUUGCCUUAGGCUCUCAUUUGAAAUGGUACCAAGAUGUUUGCAUUAAUCAAAAUGAUUGCCUUUGAUCGUCAGGAUUACCUGUGAAUUGACAACUCUAAGUGCCUGGAAAGUUCUAUAUUGAAGCCUUCUGCCUAGUGAAGGGUGGGGGGAUGAAUAGUACAAGCAGGUCCCUAAUUUCCUCUCCAUUGCAAUGCUGAGAUGUACACAAUGGAAUUCAUGGAAUCCGAUAUUGUAUUUCCAAAGUCAGAUACAAACUGACACUUUCAGGACUGACAGGAAAUUUUGGGGGGAGUGCUAAUUGGAAUUUAUCAGCUGACUUUUGUACUUUCGGAAUGCUCUCUCAUAGUCCCAGGGUCAAAAAGCUUAUGAACCUACAUUUAGAAAUGCAAGGUUAAAAGUAAAAACGCAAUUUUGAAAGUAUGUACUUUUAUACAGUUUUCCUUUAGUUUUUCUUAAUCGCAGAUUGAUGUAGAAACCGUACACAACAGAACCAUGCAAAAGUGACACUGCCCAGAAAUGGAUUGAUUCUUCUUUUCCUAAAGUGAGAGUUCUGCUGUUGGUUUGUCAGGGUCCUGUAAUCCUUUUCCAUUUUUCAUACGUGUACAUGAAUUGUUGUUGGGCAUAACCACCCACAUAAUGUUUUUACGUUCACGAGUCCAUUUUUUAAUGAUUCCUGUAUAUGUAGAAAAAUGUUUGCCAUUGGAUAUCCACACGAAUCUUUGAAAUGAGAGCCUCCCCUCAAAAAGGCAGGGUAGAUUUUCUUUCUUUCUUAUUUAUUUAUUUGUAAAGGUCCAUCUCUAUCACCAUAUCAUAAACUAUCCAGGCAUUUUUCAAUGUGAAAACAUACAAUAUCAUUUUAAAAUAAGAGAGAGAGAGAGAUUCAUCAAGGUGACUGGCUAUUCAAAAUAAAAAUUAAACUGCUGCAAAUAACAAUAUUUACUUUAAAAAUCCACAUGGAUGGAUGGACAGACCUUUUCUGGUGUGCCAUUUCUCCCUUCAGAAUACUUCCACAAGCAAUCGCAGUGGCAAAAAUUGUGCUAAGGUCAAUGGAACAAUGAAUCAGUCUUCUGGAAAUGGUCAAAUGCUAUUGAGAAUUGAACAUAGGUUCAACGCGUGUGCAAACUCAGGCUGCUAAGUAAGCUUAGCAGACCUGAGGUAAAAAGGCUAGGACCUCUUAUCAGUUAGUUGCUAGGGUAGGAUGAGGAAGUAGAAGGCAAAAGUAGGUUUCACAAUGAAGGAAGGAAGUGCUGAGCUUCUGUAAGAAGCUGGUGCUAAUUUAACAUUCUUAAAUGGUCUGUAGUCAUGGGAGGUGUUUGGGAUGGCCAAGUUUGCAAAUGUCAGCAAAUUGUUCAGGAUGGUGAAAACCCAAGCGGAAUCUGGAAAGCUCCAGGAUGAUCUGCCUAUAUUGUAUGAGUGGGUAACAAAAUGGCAAAUGAGGUUAAGUGUAAGUUAAUUGCAAAGUGAUGCGCGUUCAGAUACACUGAUGGGCUCUGGUGGUGCCUGACCUUGAAAGAGAUAUUGGGGACACGGUGGAUAGCUCAGUGUGAGUGUCAAUUUGGUACCCGGCUGAAAUGAGUGAGACAAAUUCUGUGCUGGGAAGUAUUAGGAAGCGGGAUGAAAACACACCCGGUGUCAUUCUGCCUUGAUGUAAAUCUAUGGCGCAGCUGUGUUCGGAAUUCUGUGUUCAGUUCUGGUUGCCUGCUCUCAAAAGGGGUACCUUAGUUCUAGAAAAAGGUGGAAAAGAGGGCAACCAACACCAUCAAGAGGUUGGAGCACUUUUCCAAUGCAGAAGGGCUAAAUAAUGUUGGACAUAUUAAUUUGAGGGGAAACUAAACAGAAGUAAUAAGAGAGGUUUAUAAAAUGAUGUAUUGCGUAGGAUAGACAUGGAGUGGAUAGAGAAACACUUUUCUCAAUUUCUCAGAACUUUAGAACUUGUAGCCACCCAGUGCAAAUGAUGUAUAGCAUAUAUAGCAGGCACGUCCAACUCUCUAGAGAAUGCAAUCUACUCCCAGUGUAGUAAAACUGGCAGUGAUCUACCCAUUGUCAUUGCCAAUAGUUCUUGAGCUUUUUUUGGGGGGGGGACCAGAGUUGUUGAGUUUUUUUUAGGAGGGGAAUACCACACUUGUUGACCAAAGAAAUAAGCUGUCUCAGCAGCGAUGCUAAUUAGGGUUGGGGUGGUGGUGGUGGUGGAGAUCGCUCAGGAGCAACCGGGUGAACACUUUCAAAUAUCCUGCGAUCUACCUGUUGAUCGCGGCCAACCGGUUGGACAUUGCUGAUAUAUAGUAUCUUUUAAAAAAAUUCUUCAUAUAAUGUGUUAUGUCUACCUGGAAAAUGCUGGUGCAGAAUGUAUAACAGAGACCUGGUUUGUUUAAGGGGUUCAGGCUGAGCCUCUCAGAUUGGGGUGCCACAUGAGCCUUUGUUUGAGUGUUGAAGAGGUGGGGUUUCUGUAGCCCAUCUCCUUUGUUGGAUACCCACUUCAGGAAAUGUUUGGUUCUGAGUGUCUGUAACUGUCGUCGUUGUUACAUAUUUAUUUGUACCCCACCUUUCCCCCUGAUGGGGGGAUAAAAGGUAGAGUCACUAAAAACAUAGGAAAACAAUCAUUAAAAAGUAAUUAAUAAUAGAAUUAAAACUAUAUACCGUACAUAUAUAAAAUUGUGAUUAGAACUUACAAACGGUUACAAUAAAAAUAGCUCGUCAGAAGCCGUUUCAUUAAAAGCAGUCAGUUCCAAAAGUCUGUGGGAACAAGGAGGUUUUCACUUGCUGGUGGAAGGAGAACAAGGAGGGAGCCAGUCUAGCUUUUGCAGGACUCUCUAGUUCCAGAGUCUGGGAGCAGCCACCAAGAAAGCCCUUUUCCGCGUCCCUAUCAGGCGUGGCAGUCUGUGGGUACUAGUAAUGACUGUUGUCAUGGACAAAUCACUAUUAGAUCAGGUCUGGGCUGUCUGCUGCAAUUAAGCUCCAUAGAUGUGGAGGACCAGUUUUGAUGGUUUGACCUUGAAGACGACUGGUAGACCCUCAGAACUUCCCACAGAUUUGGCCAGCAGUCUUACCGAGGCUGUAGCCUACCCCUGAAUCAGGAGGUGACCUGGGCCAUUGAGAUGACUGCUUCCUAAUGUUAUUGGCCAAGCCAUAGAGUCAAUUUAGCUUUUUGGGUUUUAGCUCUGCACCAUAUCAAUGAAACUGCAAGGUUGACUGUUGGAGAGCAGAUGGUGGAAAACUCAAAGGGAAUAUGAUCAAGCACAGAUUGGAGCCCAUUUUAGAGCUUAUACUACUGUUGUGAAGAAAGCUCACUUCACCACCACCAUUGAUUCUGCACAAUGCCAGCAAAUGCAGCUCUUCUCAGUGGUGAAAGGCCUGUGCUGCAGAGGCCCAGUGGAUCAACCUGUUUAACUCUCAAAGGCCCAUAGGUGCCUUCUGCGGAUGAGAUCACUCAUGUCAGCUCUGGCAUAGUUUUGACAGAAUCUGAGAAAGAUACUGCUAGAACACUGUCUGGCCCUGUUAUGAAUUAUUUUUAGCUGGAACAGCCUGAGGAUGUUGAUAAGUUGCUUAGAGGGUUGAGACAUCGUGCUUGCUUGUUGGAUCCCUACCUUUCCUAGCUGAUAAAAUUAGCCAGUGCCAGGUUAACAAUCAGAGGAGGUAAAUGCUAUUUUGCUACUGGUGUGAAGAUGCUGGAGGGCUGGCCCUGCAUUUUAACUUGCCAAAUUUGUGACCGCCACACCAAUGCUGCCUUUUAAAAAUCAUUUUCACGGUAUGCUUCAUUCAGGAGGGAAAGAAAGUAUUUUUCGUUCUUUAAACCAGCCUUUCCCAAUUUGGUGUACAGCGGGCUGCUGAGGAGUUGUAGUCCAAAGUGUCUGAAGGGCACCAGGUUGGGGAAGGCUGCUUAGCAGGAAUAUGUUGAUUUUAUUUGGAGAGCUUUAAUUAUGCAACUCAGAGUUGGUAACGCCAGAGAUAAAACGAGGCCAGCUCCUAACGUCUCCUUUCUGUGUUGGUACUGCUCUAUUAUAUAACCUUUUUGUUGUUGCUUUCAACAUCAUUUUGUUCUUAAUGCUUUUGCUAUGCACGUCUGUUCUUCUGUUCCUCCAUAAAUAUAAUUUUGUCUUAGAUGGGAAUUAUGUGCCUUGCAAGCAGCUCUCAGAGAGGCAGCUAUUACUUUAGAAGAGGCCUUGUGCUUCCGGCGAAGGGCAGGGGACUUGGGUGUAAGCAAGGUGGCCAACCUUCUGCCUUCCAGAUGUAAUUGGGCUGCAAUUCCAAGCAUCUUGGACCGCUAACCAUGGUAAGGUAAAGAUAAAGGGACCCCUGACCAUUAGGUCCAGUCGUGGCCGACUCUGGGGUUGCUGCGCUCAUCUCGCUUUAUUGGCCGAGGGAGCCGGUGUACAGCUUCCGGGUCAUGUGGCCAGCAUGACUAAGCCGCUUCUGGCGAACCAGAGCAGCGCACGGAAACGCCGUUUACCUUCCCGCCAGAGCGGUACCUAUUUAUCUACUUGCACUUUGAUGUGCUUUCGAACUGCUAGGUUGGCAGGAGCAGGGACCGAGCAACGGGAGCUCACCCCAUCGCGGGGAUUCGAACCGCCGACCUUCUGAUCAGCAAGUCCUAGGCUCUGUGGUUUAACCCACAGCACCACCCGCGUCCCUACUAACCAUGGUACAUAGGACUAUAAGAAGUUGUUUUCUGCCAGGUCAGAUCACUGGUCAGUCUAGCUCAUUGGUCUUCAGCUGGUGGGUCUGGACCCACUAGUUGGUUGCAAUCAGUGUUAGAAACUCAAAUAUAUAAGCUAAUUGCCAACAGGCACCUUAAACCUGGGUUACAUUUGCCAAAGCAGAAUGUCUAGGUGCCAUUUAUUUUCACAAUGAAAUUUAUUAUAUUUAUUUAUUUCAUUUCUGUACUGCUUUAUACUUUAAAGAAAAACAUCUCAAAGCAGUUCACAACACAUUGAAACAUCAAAUGAAACAAUCCAGAACAAAACAAAUUCAAGGUUCAAGGAAAAUAUUUCAGAUCCUUCUCUAAAUGACAUUUUGCUUUCCCCAUAUUUUGUUACCUACUUAAUUUAUAUAGCUGCCCCAUAGCAGAAGUGCAAUGGGAAGCCAAUGUGGUGUAGUGGUUAGUGUGUCGUACUAGGACCUGGGAGAUCAGGGUUCAAAUCCCCACUCAGUCUGGAAGCUCACUGGGUGACCUUGGAGUCAGUCACAGCCCCUUAACCUACCUCACAGGGUCGUUGUAGGGAUUAACUGAGGAGGGGAGUGAACCAUGUACUCCUUGGAAAAAAAGGUGGGCUAUCAAUGCAAUAAAUAAGCCAGAUGGAGAUGUCAGUCGCAAACCUGGCAUCCAGAGAUCUCCACAUGGUUGCAACUGGACCCAUGUUAGUCACCCGUCACCUGGCUAAUUUAAAACAUUGGUUGCAACUUGUUCCCAGCCGGAUCACAACAAGAGCACACUACCUCCCUGUGAGUACAUGGUAGAAGAUUAAGAUAUGGGUUAAAAGUGGGUCCUGGGUAUGAAAAGGUUGGUGAUACGGUACCUGAUCUAGCUCAGUAGCAUACACACUGACUGGCAGCAUCUCUCCAGGGUUUCAGGCAGGAGACACUCCCAGUUUUAUCUGGAAAUGGUGAGGAUUGAACCAGGGACCUUCUGCUUGCAAAGCAGACACUCUGUCACUGAGCUGUGGGUUAGCUCCUGCCCCUGGGAAGGUGGCUUGUGCUGAUGGGAAUCGCGGUUGAGUUACAUCUAGUGAACACAGCUUUCGCUACUUCGGCAUAAAGCAUUGUUCCAAUGAUCUAUUAAUGCAGCUCCUCCUCUGGAAUGCCUCUCUGAGGCUGUCAAUUCACUUUCUUCAAAUCUACCCUGAAAACCCACGUUUGUGUGCAAAGCCUUGGGCAUCACCCCUCAUACUGUAACAAAGCCUGUAUAACUGCAAUAGCCACACAUUCUCACUCUGUUUAUGCCCUGCCUCCAUUUCCUCCCUGUUUUGUCCGUUGUGUCUGUUUCUAGACUGUAAUCCCCUUGGGGCACUGACCUGUCCUUUUGUGCACUGAUAACGAUAUAUAUAGGCAAUUAUGUAUGUAUGUGUAUCUUUCAUUUAUAUUGUGUCUUUCCUCCAGAAAAGUACAAAUCAUUUUAUCACAGUUAUUUAUGCCAGCAUACAAAUCCUCCUAAGUAGCAUCAACGCAGUUGUUGUUUUUUUAAAAGAAGAAGAAGCAGCUAUAAGGUUCCCUUAGCUUUUUAUCCUCACAACACCCCUGUGAGGCUGGACAUGCUGAGAGAUUGUGACCCACCCAUAGCUGCUAUAGCUGCUUAGUGGGCUUUGUGGCUGUGUGAACAUGGGUCUUCUUAAUCCCUAGUGAGGGGAGGGGAGAGAGAGAGAGAGAGAGAGAGAUAACUGCCCUGAGGUUAACACACCGUACAUCUGAUAGAAUGUACUUUAGUUCAUAGAAAGCUUAUGCUUAUAAUACUUUGGUUAAUUCUUCAGGUGCCAAAUGAGUCCAUUUAGUAAAAUGACAGUCUCUCUCUUUUUACAUCUCCUGUCUCUAAAAUGGCCUCACUUACGUUUUUGUCUUCUAAGUGCUUAUUGCUUUGGGGGGGAAAUCCAUCUAGUUUGUUUAAAACAGUCUCCUUUUCCCUUCCCUACUGAUAAUAUGUUAACCAGUCCACCCUGGUUGUGAAAGGGUGUACUUUGCGAGCAGGGCAUUAUGAAUUUAGCAUAAUUCCAAGCUAAUGGUGGAACUGUUUGUUAUUAAAUGCACUUUUCAAAUCCACCUUAAAUCCCUAUUCAGUUCCAAGCACAGAUUGGCAGGCCAGCUUUCCAAUCUACCCCCAGGAGAAAUAAAAUACUCUCAUCAGUGUCCAUUUUAAUUAUAAAGAGCUAUGUAGAAAUGUACAAGGGAAAGUGUGUAGGCAGCGUUUCUUAACCCUUGUAUGUGUUGCCACAUGAGAGUCUUUAAAAAUGAAAUUUAUGAGCAAUUAAUUACUGUAUGUUGGUGAUGAUGCAAAAAAAGAAAAGAAAAGAAAAAAGGAGGGGGAAUCACCUCCAGGCAUCAUUCACCAAGGUAACCUCUAAGACAAGUUCUGGAUUCUGGGAGCAUGUUGCUUCCCUUGGGUGCAAGGGUUCCUGUGUUCAACCUGCAGGCAAGGCCAUUCAUGGAAUAAUUGAGUUGUAGAUUUGGAAGGGACCACAAGGGUCAUCUAGUCCAACCCCCUGCAGUGCAGGAAUCUUUUACCCAGGGCUCGAACCCAUGACCCUGAGAUUAAGUGUCUCACGCUGUACAGACUGAGAAAAGAUUUGUGUUUUGAUAUUUGGAUAUAAAAUGAUGCUGUGUGAUAACACGAACCGUUUUGAUGUGUUUUCAUGUUGUUAAAUUGCACUGGAAGGAAAUCCACUGAUGGGAGAUAAGUGCACAUUUUUAGAUACAGAGGACCAGUGUUAGAAACUGAGAUAUGAAAGCUAGGAGCUAAAUGGCACCUUAAACCUAGUUUAUGGGUGCAGCAACGGAAUGUCUAGGCACACUUUUUUUAUAACAAGAAUGCAAAGCUGAAAAUGAAUGAACUGCAACUGAAAUAUUAUGUUCAUUUUUCACAUGGUCUAGUUCUUCCCCUGCCCCACCCCCUUAUAUUAUUAUGAGGGUCCCUUCUCCAGUCUUCAGAGUAGCUGGAAAUGGGGAGCAGAAAAAAGAUCCUCCUUUCCUUCCACUCUGCAGUUUUUAUCUGAAAUCUUAGGCGCAGUACUGCGCCCAGAGCUCAGAAACUGCUUGAGCUAAUGAAAUUCCCUGUCGCAAAAUACGCCUAGAACAAUGGGAGUUUUGAACAUUGCUGAGGACCUUUUAGGAAGCGUCGGAGCAUCCUGAUAUAGCACAUGCUUUGCAUUCGUGAGAUUUCACCCCAGUAUCUCCAGGUAGGACUGGGAAGGUCUGAACCCUUGAAGGGCCAGUGUAGGCAGUGCUGGGCCAGGUAGCAAAACAGUUUGACUCAGGAUGAGGCAGUGCAAAGAGCAGGGGUCAGCUGACCCUCCAGGGAUGUGAGGGCACAUUUAGAGUUUUUAAAGAGUGUUGCAGGUGUGGGCAGCUGCAGAAAGUUGCAAGUGCAAUCCUGCAGUGUGCAUCUUUGUUGUCAUUUUUUUUUACUCACACAUAACACACACACACACACACACACACACACACACAUAUACACAGAGUGUGGUAGGUCCAGGCUGCUCUACCCACUUCCAGCCCAGGGAAAGUGACUGAUAAGUGUGAGGGAAGUCUUUCUGCAGUGGGUAAAAGAUUGCCUUCACCCAGCAUUCUCUUCCACUCCUGGCAGCAGACAGACAGAUGUUUCUGGAAACUCCACAGCAGGACCCCAAAGCAGCAACCUCCCCAUUGCUGGUGGUAUUUUCCUGACAUCUGGUAUGCUUUGGUUUCUCUUGUGGCUAAUUUCUCUGGCCAGAAACCACUUUCCUUUGGCAAAACCUCUUCUGCGGUGCUGGCUUCUGUCGGCUCCCGAAGAUUCCGUUCCGUUUUUAUUGACAUGCUAAGGCAGCCUUGCCAACCUGGUGCCCCUCAGAUGUUUGGGGCGGAUGGGAGUUGUCAUCCCAAACACCUGGGGGGCACCAGGUUGGCAAAAGGCAGCACCAAAAACUUUGGCUGAGUCUGUCAGGAAGGGAAUCAUUCCUUGUGCAAGUGCUUUCCGAUUAAUGUUAUUAUUGGAACUGAAUGGUGAACUUUCCCCCUGCUUUCCAAGCGGGCAAAUUUCCCUUCCUUCCUCCCCCCAGCCGCAAAAGGGUUGCAUCCGAGGACACGUUGACUCCGAGAACCGCAUGCCAAAAGUCUUUGCUGGCUGUUACCCUGCAGCAAAGCAGCAGCUGUUCGAAGGGGGAAAGGGACCAUUUGCCGCUCAGAAAUUUUUAGCAAACAUCUGCUCUCGGAUGGACGGAAGGUCUCUCUCCUACUCACAGCCCUGUCUGAACAGGAAAAGAGCAAAUUCCUUUGGAACGUUGUUGGCUGGCAUUCCUCAGUGACUGUGACACGAUUUAUGGCCUCUCUGAGAGAUUUCAUCACUUCUUAGACAUUCCAUCAGGAGUGUGUGUGCGCACGCACUAAUGUCAGGGGCAAGGAGGGCUCCAAGAAGAUGAUUAGCUUAAUCUUCAAUCUCUGGAGGAGAUUCUCCUGCAAAACAGGUCUGGGGGGGAAAUGCUUCAAAUUCCUAGGAACCAAAAUGAAAACGUUAAAGAGUCAGCUGUAUAUCGUCAGAGAAGACAUUUAAAUGCUUCCAUGCUAGUGUAGUGGAUUUUCUGCAGUUAAACACUACAGUUGUGAUAGAAUUGUAGAGUUGGAAGGGAUCCUGAGGAUUGUCUAGUCCAGUCCCCGGCAAUGUAGGAAUAUGCAGCCGGGACCGAACCUGCAACCUUGGCGUUAUCAGCACCACGCUCUAACCAACGGAGCUGUCCAGAUGGUAAUGUUCAAGACAGCUUUUAUUUGGUCGCAACAGUGGUUGCUGGGGAAUCAACAAGAGUUGAGUCCACAGGCCUAUAAUUUAUAAAGGCUCAUAUAGAGGCAUUCCAUUCCCUUGCCUUAGCUUGAUGCAGGUGUAGAAAUUAAGCAAUAUUCUUGGAGGGAAAGCAUGCCUGCAUUAUCAGAGCUUGGGUGCCUGAUUCAGCAGAAAGAUUCAGUGUCUGCUUUCUAUCAAGCUGGUCCAAGCCUUGAGAUUUUUCCUGCACAAACCUUCUUGACACUUACAAUAAGCAGAUUCUCCUAACAAUAUCCUUUCACACAGUCUUUUUACAGGUCUUCUUCUUCUUCUUUGGUGAUUACUCGUAGCUGAGUAAGAUUGUCUUCCAUAAACACGGUUUUAACAAUGAGUCCAUAAGUGACUGUGGAGGCCAAUUCUGGACCCACACAUCCUUCCACAGUAGGGACAUUGGUUUCCAGGUGGGAGCUGAUCACGGUGUGGAUUUGCCAAGCGUAUCUUCCUAUUAGCACAUUUCUCCCUUGCGUUCUGAGUUUGAGUGUCUUCAAAGUCCAUGACACCUUUGGUAAAGGCUGUUUUCCAACUGGAGCGCUCGCAGGCCAGUUUUUCCCAGUUGUCAGUGUUUAUACUACAUUUUUUUAGAUUUGCCUUGAGACAGUCUUUAAACCUAUCAAUGUGUUCAUCAAUACAGUGGUACCUCGGGUUACAUACGCUUCAGGUUACAGAAUCCGUUAACCCAGAAAUAGUACCCAGAAAUAGGUUAAGAACUUUGCAUCAGGAUAAGAACAAAAAUCGUGCUCCGGCGGCACGGCGGCAGCAGGAGGCCACAUUAGCUAAAGUGGUGCUUCAGGUUAAGAACAGUUUCUGGUUAAGAACGGACCUCUGGAACGAAUUAAGUACUUAACCUGAGGUACCACUGUACUGCACUAGCAUCACAAAUGUCAGAGCCUGACUAGGCCCUGCUUGCCUGCCUGCCUGCCCCUGCUUGCUUCUAGGUGAUAGCACAGCCUAGGGAGCUGCGUUGCUGCUGUGUGCACCCAGAUGGAUGGGAGGAGAGGACCCUGGAGGAGGAGGAGAAGGAGGUGGUCCCAGCAGAGCCUUGGUGCUUAUGUGGGACUUGCCUAGCUGGUGGCUAUUCUGUAAAGUGAUUCUUUUCAGGUAGUGGUGCCAGUACAGCUCCUUGUCAAGGGUGCCAGGAAUGCCAGUGAAGAGGACCAGGAAGCGAAAGAUCCAUCUGUAUCUGAGAUCCUUGAGGGCUGCUGCCAGUCAGAUAGUACCCUGGUAUAAAGGAGUUUCCCAGGCUCCUCAAGGCUGAGCUGCCUUCUGUUAUUUCUUGAGAUGCUGCUCUUGAAAAGCAAUUAAAAAAAUUACUUUGCCCUCUUGUUUCAGCCACCGUGUGGAAGCGAGCAUGUAUUGCUUUUCAAGAUGUAUGGAGCUGUCUGCAGAAUUUCAGUUUUCACUCUCCUGCACCAGCAAUUUCCCCAGUUGCAAUUGUUCAUGCAAAUUGUACUGUCAAACACCUCCUACCUUUUCAAAAACAGACAGGUGCGUAGGUGCUUUAGAUGAGCACUCGUGCCUUUGCGCCUGUACCCCCGAAUCUGUGUCAGUAGAUGUGAAACGCAGCUAGACAUGAUACGAUUCAUGCAAUUAACCAUGACAAUGGUUAUAUAUACCGUAUCUUUAAAGAGCAAACUGCAGGCAUGAUGUAAAAUUGACCACAAGAGGCAGUGAUGGCCACCUGCUUGUAUGGCCACUCAAGGAGGAUAUCUUAUGGAAGCCAGGGGAAAGGGUUUGUGGUUAGGGAGAAGUGUGGUCCAGAGAGAGUUCUAGGGACAAGGAUUUGAUCCCUGAGGGUCCCCACCCAUGGCCUAGAAUGUUGUUCUAACUGUUGAAUAAAAAAGGCAUAAAUGGGAAAGGCCUGUUUUGCUUCUUAUCUGGAGCGGGUGGGCAGUAAUCUGCUUAGGCCCUUAGAAGGGUUUGUUUAAUUGCGGAAUUUGUGGAAUGCAGGUUCAGCACAAGAACUAUGUGGCUGUCCCCCGCCCCCCCAAUAACUUACAGUUUGUUUGAUUUCAUAAGUGCACAUAUUAUCUGUAAAUAAAUUCACAUUCUGACCUGGAAUUGCUAAUGGUGCUGGCAAUUUUUCUUGCAUGGCUCUUGUCAUUUGUCCAGGAUAUUCUGUCUCUGGCACCACCUGAUCUUUUGCUGUGGAAGCUCCCGGGUCCUAGCUUAGCUGGCUCUGAGCCAAGGAGUUCAGCUGACCAGGUGGGCCCUGCCAGCGGAUGCUCUUUCAGAAGCGUGAGCUGCUUAUUCUGCUCUCCUGCCCUGUCAGAAAACUUCCAGGGCAGGAAGUGAAUAAUCAGAUUGCACUGACAUGCAAAUAUUUACUGCCCUGCGAUAAGGCAAGUGCUCUGCUCCUCCUCUUAAUGAGAGCAGCUUCUAAUUUUGUUUUCCCACUGUUGGCAUAAAGGGGCAGAAGGCAGCUGUUUCCACCUGUGCCUCUUCUUGUUUUUAGCUGAUGCAUCAGUUGUUUUGCAGGGGCUGUGUGAGAGGAACUCUGUUUCUUUGUUUUAAUGGGGGGGGGGGUUGGCUAGGAAAACACAAUCCUCUUGCAUUCUUUGUGUCCCAGGCCUGAAACAGAUGCAGAUUUCCUGUUUCAGGAGAUGUUUCUGUUGUAACAGGAGGAGAAGCAUGUGGCAGGUGGAACAAGGCUAUUAUAGGCAUUUCAUAUAUGUUGCAUAAACCUUACCAUUCUAUGCCAUUGCGUAGAAUGCAAUUACUCCCUUUUUGUUUGUGAAAUGUGCUGGUCUGCAAACUUGGGAAACACAUGUUGGCCAUUGUAGCUUACAACCGAUUUGCUGCUACUGGGUUCACUUCUGACCAUAGCUGUCAACUUACAGAUUUGAAAAUAAGGGACCAGCAGCCUCGAAAAUAAGGGAUCAGCAGCCCAAAUAAGGGAUUUUGCUUACCGGGCUCCUCACGAUGCGCCCCUGAGGGGGAAAAGGGAGAGACAGAGACGCGGCAGCUCGUGCGCGCGCUCUCUCACGCGGCGGAGGACCCCGAGCUGGGCGAGCAUGAAACCCGGGGAAAUUAAGGGACAUCAAUAAGGGACACCAGCGGGACAUGGCGCUGGGAUAAGGGACUUUCCCGCCAAAUAAGGGACGGUUGACAGCUAUGCUUCUGAUCAGAAGUUAGCUAGCUACUAGUCAUGACAACUGAACAGGGACAGCCACACUGAAAGCCCUGCUCGGAGUUAUUGUGGAUCGGGUUUCUGAGAUCUUUGGGACUUUUAUUUAUUUAUUUUAUUUCACAACCUGUAAUAAAACCUCAAAGCAGCUUACAAAAAGGAGAAGCUCUCUUGCAGACCACAGUGAGGAAGCCCAUUUGCUGGGUUUCACAAUUGGGGAGAAUGCUGUUGGACUCUGGUCCUGCCUGCAGGUUUCUCCCAUUGGGGCAUCUGGUUGGCCACUGUAGGAACAGGAUGCUGGACUAGAUGGGCUUUGGCUUGAUCUAGAAGGUAGAUUAAGAGGCUGUGACUGACUCCAAGGCCACCCAGUGAGCUUCCUAAAUGGGGAUUUGAACCCUGAUCUCCCAGGUCCUAGUCCGACACUCUAACCACUACACCACAUUGGCUUCCCAUAGUACUUUUGCUAUGGAGCAGCUAUAUCAAUUAAGUAGGUAAUGAAAUAUGGGGAAAGCAAAAUGUCACUUAGAGAAGGAUCUGAAAUAUUUUCCUUGAAGCUGGAAUUUGUUUUAUUCUGGAUUGUUUUAUCUGAUGUUUUAGUGUGUUGUAAACCACUUUGAGAUUUUUUCUUUAAAACAUAAAGCGGUAUAGAAAUGAAAUUAAUAAUAAUAAUGGUGAUGAUAACAACAACAAGAACAAUCAUAUUUCAUUGUAAAAAUAAAUGGCGCCUAGACAUUCCAUUCUGGUGGCCUUAACCCAGGUUUAAAAUGCCUUUUGGCAAUUAGCUUAUAUACCUGAGUUUCUAACACUGAUAGUUCUGCAUGUGUAGACAGAUUCAGCCCUUGCUUAGCCACAUCCUCUUCAUUUGAGCAUAGUUCUUUGUUGAUACAUCCUCCAAGCUUCAUGGAGGAAGGGAAAUGCAAGCUGGCCGCUGUUUCGUUGCUGGUAGGACUCACUUGGGUGCUUAGCAAAUCAAGUGGCUUUUAGAUCAGUGUUGUACUUGGUAAAAGGGAGUCAGUUCAAAUUCGGCAGGAAAUGACUUGAAGCAACCAGAGGUAUCAGCGAUCGGUGUGGACUCUGGAAGGGAAGCUGCCCUCUUGUGUUUCCUUGGUUUUCCUUUCCUUUCAGUGAACAGACCCGUUUUAUUUAUGUGGGAAGGGUGGGCGAGGGAGAAGCGCAAGCAAGAAGCUUCCAUGCAGCGUGCCCAUGGUUAUGUAAUUGCCUUUGAAUUGGCACAGAUACGCAUCUGAAAUAUUUACACAAGCUCUGCAGGGUAUGAUUGCACGUUCUAUCCGUCCCCCUCACUCAAUCCGAGAAUCCUUUCUGCAGAGGUAGUGAUUGCUCACUGGAACAUGAGUUAGCACUCCUGAGUCAACGGGGCUACAUGGACAAUGGAAGUGUUGAGUCAAAGAUUAACUCGGUUUCCUGUCCCAAAGGGGUGACUGGCUUGAAUCCACCUAGAUGUUCUUAUGCACAGACAUUUCCUUUUCCUGUUCAUGUUGCAUCCGCCACCACCAAACAUGCAAGUUCUGCAUGUCCUCCAGUUCUGGGGAGGGGAAAGGAGGCAAGCAGAAUGCGGUAUUGGGUUCAGCUGGUUUUCAGAUUCCUGACAAUUUCAGCUUUCGGUUAAAAAGAGAGGUAAAGUGUCUGGGUCUUAUGGUUGCAGAUAGGUGCUUGGAAGCGCGUUGGCAAGAGCUUCCGAAAUCUCUGAAACUUGCAGGGAGUGAGGUGACUAAAGAGGAUUUCUAGAAUGUGUGUGUUUUCAGUAUCCCGCUAAGAUAUUUGCCCCUCCCUGUGACUAGCAAAACCACAAUACAUUCUGCAAAACAGUAAAACUGAGUAACAAAUGUAUAAAAUCAGAAAAAUUAUACUGAUUUCCAUGGCACACGUAACGAGAGAAACAGAAUUGCACUUCCUGUGGUGCAGAAUUCAGAUGACCUGGCUUAGAAUGUUGAUGUUUCUAGCAAGGAAUCUACACAGCUCUCAUUUUGACUUAGAAAUCCUAAACAGUUGGAGCCCUGGGCUCUUGGAAUGCCUUUUCUGUGGCUGUGCCACAAUUGUGGAGUGUCUUUCCCUUGAAAUGGGGAUUCAUCCAAGUCCCAACCUCAUCAUUUCCCCGAACCAUUCUGAAACUGGUGCAGUGUAUAUUUUGCAAUACUGUGCUAAGGAGGAGUGGGAUUGAUUCUGAGCCACAGAUCAGGGGGUACUGCUAAUGCUUCUGUUCUACAGCAACUGCCACCACAGGCAAUUGCCUCACUCUUCCUAAUGGUAGAGCUGGCCCUGCUGAAUUGCGUUGGCUCCUCCUUCUCCACUUUAUCAUUUAGCACUGUCUGUGAAUGUGACUCGAGUUCAGUUAAUGGCUAUUUCUUUGCUUUCUCUCUCUUUCUCCUUCCAGGACAAAUUUGGAAGCCCUCCAAAAAAAGUUGGAAGAGUUAGAACUUGAUGAGCAGCAGCGGAAACGCCUUGAGGCCUUCCUUACCCAGAAACAAAAAGUUGGGGAGCUAAAGGACGAUGAUUUUGAGAAAAUAAGCGAGCUGGGUGCAGGAAAUGGCGGGGUGGUCUUCAAAGUCUCGCACAAACCUUCUGGCCUCAUUAUGGCAAGGAAGGUGAGCAUUGUUACUGACCUUAUAGGCCAGCCCUUCCCCAACCUGGUGCCCUCCAACUGUUUUUGGACUACAGAUCCCAUCAGUCCCAGCAUAGCCAGCACAGGAUGAGGAAAGCUGUUUUGGCUAGCUUCCCAUUGACAAAUUCGCCCUGUGUCUCUCCCUGUUGACCCAUUCUGUAGUCUUAUUUAUAAUUUAUUUUAUUUAAAAGCACCUACGUAUAAACUGAUUAAUAUUUAAAAAUCUCUAAGUAACGUAUAAAAGCAAUAAACAGUAUGACUAAAACAAAAAUACAACAUAAAACCAGUAAAACAGUAGUACAAAUUUAGUUUAAACCAAAUAAAAUCGGGAAUUUGGGGAAAUGAAACAAAUAAAAACUAGGAAUCCCAAAGGAACCCGGGGCAGCAAUAUAUCAAAACAUUUAUUAUUAUUAUUAUUCAAUAAAAUAAAAUAAAUGCAUGUAAAGAGCAAUCAAAUACCCACAUAGUUAUUUAUUUCAUAGUUGCCAUAGCCAGUUUCUACCAGCUAGCAAAUUCUUGAGUAAAAGUCUAGUAUGUUUUUGGUACGCAUCCACAGAGAUCAGUCAGUACAGCCCGUAAUUCUGGGAGGAGGAUGUUCAGAUCACAGGUGUUAUCCUCUGUGGCUUCUAACAUUCAGACUUCGCAAGGGAUUCCUCCAUGAAUCGCAGCUUUGUAGCUCUUAGGGUCAAUCUGUGUUUGGUAUGUCAUGACUUUUCUGCAGCACACCCUGCAUCUGGGGUAGUCUUAUUUUCUUUUAAACGCCCCUGAAACUUAUGGCAAUUAUCAUUUUGCAGUUAAUUCACCUGGAGAUCAAGCCGGCAAUCCGGAACCAGAUCAUCCGUGAGCUACAAGUCUUGCAUGAAUGUAAUUCUCCCUAUAUUGUGGGCUUUUAUGGAGCAUUUUACAGCGACGGUGAGAUCAGCAUCUGCAUGGAACACAUGGUAAGUAUGCCUUUUCUCCUCCCCCCACUCCCUGCCUUUGGGUUUGUUCCCUGAUUACGGCUUCCCCAUUGUGUGUCUUCAUGGAGAGUUGGAUAGCUCAGUUGGUAAAGCAUGAGACUCUUUAAGCUCAGGGUCGUGGGUUUGAGCCCCACAUUGGGCGAAAGAUUCCUGCAUUGCAGGGCAUUGGACUUGAAUGACCCUCGUGGUCCCUUCCAACUGUACAAUACAGAAAAGCUAUUUGUGCAUUCUCAAAGUACCAGAAUUUUGGGUCCUCACGAGGCAAGGUUAAGGCACACAACAUGGUGCUUUGAGUGAUUAACUCAUAGAACUCAUUUACACCAAACACCGAACGGCUUUGGUUAAUCAGAGGCAGGUAAGAACAGCCCUGCUGGAUCAGGUCCAAGGAGGCUCACCUAGCCCAGAAUCCAGUUCUUGCAGUGGUCAACCAGAUACCCCAAAGCGAAGCAGACAAACAGGAUCCAAGUGCAACAGCAUUUCCCCAACUAGUGAAUGCCAGCAUUUGGUGUAUGUUCCUGACAGUAGAGAUGGAACAGAGCCAUCAUGACUUGUAGGCCAUAUCCACUGCUAGACCUACUCAGCAUAGACCCAUUGAAAUGAAUUAACAUGACAAACUUGGGGGGGGAUGAAUGUCAGGAUCUGCUCUUGAGUAGGGCUAGCACUGGGUGCAUCCCUAAAACUUCCUUUUCCAUGGAUUUGUCUAAUCACUUCUGAAAGUCAUCCAAGGAGUGCUUUAACUGUGUGUCCUGCUCAAGAGCUUCAUCAAAUCUCUUGGUGGCUAUUGGACGGAAGCACAGCUUGUAUAUGGAAGGACCUGUGACUAAGAAGUAGGAAUACAGGAAUCUGACUCAGGCCAUUGGUCCUUCUUACCUCAGUGUUGUCAGCUCUGAUUGGCAGCUAUUCUCCGGAGUUUCAGACAUGAGUCUCCUCCUGCCCUCCCUGGGGAUGCUGGGGAUUGAACCAGAGUGCAAGUGCUCUGUUACUGAGCUAGGGCCCCUCCUGUAGAGACAGUUGUAGGAUUUACUGCUUUUUCUAAGAUGAGUUCUUCCUUGUGUGUGCCCUACCCAAACUGAGAAAUAAUAAAGUAUGAGCUUCAUCCUAAAUACAAAUCUACGUAGUAUCUCUUCCAUACUGCUCCACUUCACCUCGUAUUUUUAUUUGGUAUUCACUGCUGCAUUUGCCGUUCUCACCUAUAGGGAAAUAAACAGUGAGCAUGGGCUGCCUGGGGACGCAGGUGGCGCUGUGGGUUAAACCACAGAGCCUAGGACUUGCCAAUCCGAAGGUCGGCAGUUCGAAUCCCCGCCACGGGGUGAGCGCCUGUUGUUCGGUCCCUGCUCCUGCCAACCUAGCAGUUCGAAAGCACGUCAAAGUGCAAGUAGAUAAAUAGGUACCGCUCCAGCGGGAAGGUAAACAGCAUUUCCGUGCACUGCUCUGGUUCGCCAGAAGCGGCUUAGUCAUGCUGGCCACAUGACCCGGAAGCUGUACGCCGGCUCCCUUGGCCAAUAAAGCGAGAUGAGCGCCACAACCCCAGAGUCGGUCACAACUGGACCUAAUGGUCAGGGGUCCCUUUACCUUUAUGGGCUGCCUGGGGUUGCUCCCAUCUUCCAUUUUUUAACAAAACUAGAAAGUUCUCCCUCCAUUCUCUCUCUCUCUCUCUCUCUCUCUCUCUCUCUCUCUCUCUCCCUCCCUCUCUCUUUCCCCCUAAUGUUUCAGGUUUAACAUGAUUUAACAUUUAUUUUCACUCUGAUAGAGAGAAAAAUAUGACACUUUGCUCUCGACAUCUGUCAGCCUUUGUCGAGCCAGAUGGAACCCCUAGUUUUAGAGCACUAGUCCCCCCCCCCAAUUAAAGGUCAGUCAAAACCCUCCCUUUCUUCAACCCCAGCGGAGGUGUUGAACAAUUUCACAUGUGUGACCAAAUGUUGUUGUGCAAUACCCCCCCUCCCUCCCCAAAAAAGCCAAAGUCCCAGCUUUGGGGCUAAAUGAAAUGGUGCCUACAAAAAUAGCUGGCAUUCUGAGCACCACGAUGCAUCGUUAUUUCUGUCCUAUUCUUAACAGAAGUCUUUGUUUUAUUUGCCCUUUCUGUUGCUAAUGUUUCUUAUGAAAUGAGAAGGACAUGAGUUGUUUUUUUAUUCUAUAUUCACAGAAAAUGUACUCUACAGGAAGAGCAGUGAAUAACUUAAAAUACAGUCAUACCUCGGGUUAAAUAUGCUUAAGGUUGAGCGUUUUCAGGUUACACUCCGCGGCGACCCAGAAGUAACGGAACGCGUUACUUCCGGGUUUUGCCGCUUGCGCAUGCGUAGACGCUCAAAAUGACGUCACGCGCAUGCGCAGAAGCGGCGAAACAUGCAAAUUCGCAGUCGCGUGUUGCGUUCCACUCAGGAUGCAAACGGGGAUCCGGAACGGAUCCCAUUCGCAUCCAGAGGUACCACUGUAGAGGUAUAUGAGAAAGAGGGCAGGAGGUAAAAAGGACCCUUUCAGGCUGGUGGGGUUUUUUUUGGGGGGGGGGUUGCAGAUGUAUCCUACAGCUACCUAUCUACUUAGGGUUUCCCAAACAUGAGUCUCCAGCUGUCAUUGGACUACAACUCCCAUCAUCCCUUAGCUAGCAGGAGCAGUGGUCAGGGAUGGUGGGAACUGUAGUCCAAAAACAGCUGGAGACCCAAGUUUAGAAAACCCUGGCCUUAUCUAUAUCCUACCUUUUUUCCCAGAGCCAGGACUCAAGUGGGCUUACAAAAAUUAAAACAAAUACACAUGAAAGAAACAUAGCUAAAAGCAUAAAAAGCUUAUUAAGUAAUUAAACUAGCCAUGAAAUUAAAACGAUAUAAAAAGCAUAUCUAGUAUUGCAGAAUAAUAAUAAUGAUGAUGAUGAUGAUGAUGGGGUCCCUUCAACUCUACAAUUCUGUGAUUCUGUUCUAUGAAAUAACUUUACCAUUCCGUUCACAAUGACACUAUCCAGAUGAGGAGCUUUAAAGUGUCCCAGACCACCCAGCUUGCUCCUUGCUUGGGCAGCCUUUUUUUAUCCCUGCGUCUCACCCACACUGUCUCUUCCUUAGAGGAAAGUUAGAGGGUUAGUAAAUAAAUUAACUGCAGAGACUGUUUGUCCCUUGUUAAUCAAGCACUUCAGGAAGUCUGGAACACCACGAACCUCUCUACCACCCUGGAAACAGACGCUUCCCUGCUCUAUUUGUGAAAACAAUUAAAAUAAAGAUUUUGAUUGGGGUUUUUUUGUGUUUUGGAAGGGAGGUGGGCUCUUUUUAAAGCCUGUUCUUUCCUCAAAGUGGUUGUGCUUUGCAAAAAAUAAAUAUAUUAAUGUGACUUACACCGUUCCUCUCCCCUUCUGCCUCCAGCUCUUAGCAACAGCAGUAUAUAUUUAACUUGGAAAGGGUGUGUUUGUGUUCUGUAACAGGCCCCGAUAAGCAAGGGAAGAUAUUUUCUUUUAAAGACUGAUGUCUAAGGGUAGCAGGCUUUCUGUGCUGCUUGGUUAUGUCUUGCUUGCCUUCCUUGCUCCACCCACCCCCCAAAAAACCCCAUGUUUUGUCAGGUCAUGGGUGUCCCACUCCUUACCUAACUAAUUCUGCCUGACGGAAAAAGGUGUGCUCUGCUCACAGCUGUAUAGAACUUCCAUGUUCAAAGGCAGUAUACCCUGGAAAUGCUGAGGACCAGUGGGGAAGGGCUCCUGCUUUUGUGACCUGCUUGGACCUCUGGACAGGAGUGCCAGGUCUAUGGGGCUCAAGGGGCUCCAGUCCCCCAAUAUUUGGGGGCAGGGGGCUGCACCCCCCAUUUUGCGGGGGCCAACCCCUCAACCACUGCCGCUGGGCACCCUUCCACAUGCCCCAGCCACAGCCCCCGCCCGGCAACUCAGGAGCCGACCCAGGGCUGGGACAAGCAAGCGCGAUGGCACCACCUCAGGGGUGGGGGGCAAGUCGGUGCCCCUGCCUCUGGAAAGCCCAACAGGCUGGCAUGCUGUUGGGAAAAGGAUGUUAGAGGAUGUUAGGCCCCUGCCCCAUUUUGAUUCAGCAGGGCUCUUGCAUUCUCAAGCUGUGUGAUGACCAGUAACCUGCUGAUUAAUUUGUUUUGAAAUGUGGAAGUAAGAUAAUGUGUUGUUAAUUCAGCUGUAAUCUUAUGCAGUGCAAAUUCUAGAGGGUGUGCGGGUAACAAGAGGGACACACCUGCCAAUGUCCACACUUGGGUAAAUAAUGGCUUCAUGGCACAGAAACAUGCUGGUGGGAAGGGGUUUCUCAGCCUGCCAUCACCACUUAUGAACCUUAAAUGUGUCAUCUGAAUUCAAGGGUUACAGGAAGUUGUGUGCCCUUUACAUCCUCAAGUUGUGGGCAAGAAAUUGCUCUGUGUGGCCUUCCUUUGUUCUCUCCUUUUGCAGAACGAUUUGCCAUUUGAUUUCAUCAAAAACAUGGUCCAGCUGUUCCUUUUCUGCUAUCAGAUGUCAAGCUGCCUUUUUUCCUGCCCCCUUUGGGCCUUUCAGAGUGUCUUUGACACUUUGAGGAUAAACAUGAUUAACGCUCUGAAUGUUUAAACAUGUUUUUUUUUUCUUAAUAGGACGGCGGCUCCUUGGAUCAAGUCCUGAAAAAGGCUGGCAGAAUCCCCGAACAGAUUCUGGGCAAAGUUAGCAUUGCUGUAAGUAUGUUGCUUUGGCAUUCAAGCAAGUGGAAUCGAAAUGUAGUUGGUGAUGGCAGGUCAAGUCCAGAAGGCAGAGACAGCUGGUUGAAAGUUUCUGCUUGAGGCAAACUGAAAUGAGAUGGACAGCUAUGACUCGUGCUUCUAAAUGUAUUGCUUCCCCCCUUUUAAAUAGACUGUCUUUAGAAAGACACACUUGGCACAGGAAAUAUAGCCCAUAUAGAAGUCCCAUUGUCACCAGAAGCCUUUAGUUGACUGCUGCAGCUUUUGGGUGGGACAGCCACUACAGGCACCCACAGAGAACUCGUUUGUUGUGGUCUAGUAUGCCCUUCCUGUUCCCCAGCAUGUGAUGCAACUUGGGGUCAGAGGGUAGGCAGAUGGGAGAGAGAAGUAUGUGAUGCAAGGAGAGACCCUCCCCUUCCUCCUUGCUGUCUUUGCAUCUGCCUCCUCCACUUCAACCUUGGAUGUUACCAACCCACUUAAUAAAACAGCUUCCCAAACCCCGCUAAAGUUUAUUUUGCUUAUUCUUAUUUAUUGAUUAAAUUUGUAUACCGCCCUUCAUCCAAACACCACUUGCUGCCUGCUUCCUUUCCACCUGGCCUGGGAGGGCAGGGCCCUGACUGAUUUAAUCUACGAAAGCCAAGGUGGCUGAACAGAUUUUUGGGUUGGGGUAUUGUUUAGGAGGUUCCGUUGCUAUUAUUGUUGCCCUACUUGUUUAAAACGUUUUCAACUGGUUUUUAACAACUUCUUAACUUGUGUGAUUUUAAAUUGGGGUGUGCGUGUUGCUUUUUAAAAAAUUAAGUUAAAAUUUUUAAUUAAAUUCUGCUGUAUUCUACAAGCAAGUAGAGCCAAAUUUGAGGAGUUGUCCUGCAAUUCUAAAUUCAUUUAAAGCACAAUUCGUACAUGGAGGAAGAGCAUUGCUGCUCCCCAGUGAAGGAGAAAUAAUGCCAUUUCCGCUUGUAUUUUAUACAAAUAUGGCUUUUCAUUUCUGUUGCUAUUUUUUUGGUUUUAAUUUAAACUUUUGGUUUUGGAUGCAGGUCAUAAAAGGUCUAACAUACUUGAGAGAGAAGCAUAAGAUCAUGCACAGAGGUAAGAAUGCAACCUUCCUUCUUCACAAUCAAGCAUAUUCUGUGUUCCUUUGUCUAUGCAUUUUAGCUGCAUUUACCUGUAGGUGUCUGUGAGGUCAGCUCAUAGGAUGAUACUCGCCUAAGAGAAGACCCACUGAAAUUAAUGAACAUGACUAAGUAAGGCCCAUUAAUUUUCAGUGGGUCUACUCUGAGGACAACUAGGGUUGAGCUCAGCCCAUUCGGAGGAGUGUUAAAAGAAUUUUAAGGUCUCAAAUAUAGAAUAAAUAUUCAUAAACACACACGUAUCUAAAUAUAUGAACUAUGUGUCUGAAAUAGUAUGGGAAAGCAAUCCUGAAGCCAUUUUGACUCUCCCAAUAACCUCAAACCUGCAGUAAGAGAGGCAAAUAUGGAAAGCCUUCCCAUUGUCUUUUUGCUUACAAAUCCCGUCUUAAGGAUGUUUUUGUGUAUGAAUAGGAUGAGCCUGUGACCUGGAUUCAGGAACUAAAGUAUUAACCAUCACAAAAGAAUGGCCAGAUUGCCCAGGUAAUGCAAUCAGUGACCAUUAUUAGAUAUCCUGGCAGACAGGAUUCCUGCUGUAGACCUCCUCUUUCUGGGAUGUAUGUAUGAUGUUUUUGGGGGGGUGGUCUUGGGCUACAGGGUGGGCAACUUCAAAAGCCUAUAUAAGGCCUUGCACACCAUUGUUCAGGGUUCACCACCUUCCUGCAUGUGGCGAGUGGGGACCAUGUUGCAGCAGUUCCUUUAAUAAAGAUGAGGCUUACUAGCCGCUUUACUUCUCAAUAUACUCUGGUUGGCCUCUGUUGUUUUCUCCUACUGAUAGGGAACCCAGUGUGGUAUGUCAUGGCUAGAGUUGUGGGUGCUGGCCAAGGAAACCUGGAUGGGGCACAACUUUGGGGAAGACUGCCUGACGGAGUUGUUGUGAGAAUAAAAUUGGGCUGGGGUGGGGAGGGAGAGCUAUGCCUGAUCCCUUGGAGAAAAAGGCAGGGCACAAGCAUAAUAAAUAAGCAAAAUUAAACUUGAUUUCGAGGUCCCUGGAGUCGGCCAACUGCUUGAGGUUUGAAACAGCCUGUUGGACUUUGUGCCUGGCCCCAGCAGGGCUGCUCUUGAAUCCCAGUUACAAAUUGUGAGGACAUACUUUAGGCCCCAUUUGCACCAUAUGCUUAGAUCACUAUUAUACCACAUUAUUAAACCAUCAUGGCUUCCCUGAAAGGAUCCUGGGAACUGUAGGGGAAUGGUCAGUUAUUAGGGGACCCCUAACAUCCCUCACGCGGGUGGCGCUGUGGUCUAAACCACAGAGCCUAGGGCUUGCCAAUCAGAAGGUUGACCGUUCAGAUCCCUGCAACGGGGUGAGCUCCCGUUGCUUGGUCCCAGCUGCUGCCCACCUAGCAGUUUGAAAGCCCGUAGAGUGCAAGUAGAUAAAUAGGUACCACUCUGGCGGGAAGGUAAAUGGCGUUUCCGUGCACUGCUCUGGUUCACCAGAAGCAGCUUAGUCAUGCUGGCCACGUGACCCGGAAGCUGUACGCCGGCUCCCUCGGCCUAUAGAGCAAGAUGAGCGUGCAACCCCAGAGUCGUCUGCGACUGGAUCAAACUGUCAGGGGUCCCUUUACCUUUACCUAACUCCCCUCACAGAGCUACCAUCCCUAGAGUGGUUCAACAAUCAAUCCCUCUUCCCAGGGAACUCUGGGAAUUGCUGCUCUUUGAGGGGUCUCUGAACCAACUCUUACACCCUUAGCAAACUACUAUUCCCAUCAUUCUUUGGGGGGAAGCAUGGCUCUUUGAAGUCUCUAUGAUAGUGCUUUAAAUGCAUAGUGCAGAUUGUUCCAGAAACACUUGUUUGCAGAGUUGUUUGCAUGGUCAGUGGAGGGGGUGAGGAGACUGGGGCUUUGCAUCAUUUUAUUAUUUCCAAGGCCAACUUGCUGCUUCAGCCUUGGUUAAAAAGGUUAAAAAGGUACCUACUGUACAAUGUACGCAUUUUAAAAAACCAAUUCUCACCUUCAAAUGCCGUGUGAAUUUUGCCUCCUUUGUCAGCUCCCCAGCCGCUGCCCAGUUCCUUAAUAGUGUCCGUGUCCCAACAUAACCCCUCCUUCCAUAGAUCCUCUGCAGCCAAGCACCCCUGGGGGGUUUAUAAACCUGGAGGAGGCUGCUUGCAAAAGCCAAUAUUCCAAAGGUGUGUUUGUGUCAACUUUUUCUCUUCCUGACAGACAUUAUUGGAUGUUUGGAUGGUGGAAAUCAAUAAAACCAGAGAGCUCAGAUAAAUAGGAGAUUAAAAAGCUAAGAAAAGAGAAUUGUAUGAAACUGCUAGAACAGUCAUGUUGGGCUGCUUGAUUCUGGUCAGCAGGGCCUUUACCCUGAUCAUCUUUACCCUGAGAUGAUCUUUGCAUUUAUUUACCGGUACUUAUUAAAUUUGUAUGCCGCCCGUCAUUCAAAUAUCUCAGGGCGGUUCACAGAAUAAAAACACAAGAUAAAAACACAAAAUACAUAAUAAAAACAAGAAGAAAACCAAAAUAAAUCAAUAACUCCCCUUCCCCCCCGCAAACACAUUAUUAUUAUUUAAUCAUUUUUAUUUGAUUUUACAGAUAUAAAUUUAUAACAAAACCAAAUACAUAUCCAUAUAAAGAAAUUUUUCUGACUCUUGAGACUUCCCCCCAUCCCCUCCAUGGGUCCUAAUGUCAAUGUUUUCAACUGCAUAUUAUAUCAUAGCCUAUAUUUUAUAUCUAUCCAUGUUGUCCAUAGUAUUUGUUACAUUACAAGUGAGAUUAAAAUCCUGCUAGUGUUUUCAUCUGCUUACUUCUUUCUUGAAGUUUUUGACUUCUUGGUCCCUGAGCUUUCCGGUCAGUUUUGCCAUUUUGGCAUAGUCCAAGAGCUUGAUUUGCCAUUCCUCUCUGGUAGGGAUUCCUUCUUCUUUCCAUCUCCCCGCAAACACAUUUAAAAGGAUGCAGGAUGUCAGUCAGCCAAAGGCCUGGCUGAAGUUGAAUGCUUUCACCUGGCACCUAAAGGUGGGCCUCCCUGGGGAGAGCAUUUCACAAACGGGGAGCUACUGCAGGAAAGUACAAUUCCUCACCACUUUCCUGUGAAUUAGGCUGCCCAUGCAGGACACAUACCCAGCUGGCGGGGGGUGGGGGGUGAUUCUGUGCAUUCUGCCCCCAAAGAAACUGGAAUUUGUAGGUUUUUAUUCUGUUUUCUUUUCACCUUGUUACAACCACUGGUUGACGGUGCAGGAAACCCAGCCUUGGCCAACCUUUUGCCCUCUGGAUUUUGUUGGGCUACAAGCUCCUAGCAGUCGACACUGGAAGUCUUCAGUAGGCACUGAAAAGACAAUAACUGGACUUAACCAGUUUGACUGGACUUAGCCAUCCAGGGGUCCUUUACCUUUUUACCUUUUAAUGGGAGGGAGUUUCAAAAGGGAGGUGCCACCCCAUUAAAGGUCCAAUUCCUGCGUGGACCUUCUGGUGAGAUGGUAUCCUAUAAAGCCCAGUUAUGAAUAUAAGGGGCAAGACACUCAUUUUGAUAUCCUAGAAUAUAGGAUAAUGCAGUUCACAUUUUCUAAGUGUGGUGUGUUUCACUCAGACACCCCCUAACAUGAAAACAAAAUGGUGAACAUUAGAAGCUGCCUAAUUCAGAGUCAGCCUAUUGGUCCAUUUUGCUCAGUAUCAUCCACUCUGACUGACAGUGACUCUCUAGAUGGGGGUUUCCUGCUGGUUUUGGACUACAGUUUGCAUCAUUCUUGACCUCUGGUCCUGCUAGCUAGGCAUGAUGGGUCUUAUAGUCCAAAAACAGCUGCAGACCCAAGUUUGGGAAACCCUGCUCUAGACUUUCAGACAGGAGUCUUUUCCAGUCCUACUUGGAGGUGCUGGGAAUCAAACUUGAGACCUUCUGCAUGCAAAGCAGACUCUCUACCACAAACUAUGGCCCUUCCCUUAGGGGGAAUGACUUGCCCACCCCCGCAAAGGGAAAGGCACGGCAGAGGACUGGAGAUCCUGACUUAAAUAUGCUGAAGAGCCUUUGGGUCCUGGUGCUGGCAAGGGAGUGAUAAAGAACUAGCGCUGUACCCUUGCAUUACUCUAAUUGACUGCAUUUACUUAGGCUCUUAGCUGGCUCCUUCUGCAGCUGUAAAGCACUGGGUUGUUAUGGCAGCCAAGAUGCAGGGACGUGAGGUUCGGAGAAGCAGGUGCUAAAUAUUUUAUCCGGGAGGGCGUAGAUGCAGACUGUACCGGUGAAGAUCUACCAUGAUCAAGAGGGCUGCCUCUUCUCUUGGCUGUAAUGACCAUUCAGAUGAAAGCUUCAAGACGGACCAGACCAGUGGAGAUAAGAGAUUGCAGCUGGGUGCUUCCUGAGAUUCCUUUGAAAGCUAAGGGUGAGAGCUGCUGUACGCAUCAAACAUUCUAUCAUAUCCUCCAACAUUUAUCCGAUGAAAAUAGGGAUGACGUAUUCCAUAGUAGUAGUAGUAAUAAUAAUAAUAAUAAUAAUAUAUUUUUACCUUGCCCAUCUGACUGGAUUGCCCCAGCAACUCUGGGCAGCUUACAACAUAUAUAUAACUUACAACAUAUAUAAAAAUGUAAUGAAACAUCAAACAUUUAAAAACUUCCCUAUACAUGGCUGCCUUCAGAUGACUUCUAAAGGUUGUAUAGCUACUUAUCUCCUUGGCUCAGAGGUCGUAUAAUUUUUAAGUCUUCCCACAUGAUGGUUUGGCCCUACUGCUCCAUUGUGGGAAGUCUCCAUUCUGGUCCCAGAACAUGCAGGAACAUGCAGUGGUGUCAUGGAGAACCGCAAUAUUAUGAUGAAGCAGGCUGACACAGCAACUUCCUGUACAGUAAGGGAAUGGACCAAGCCAGCCCAGCCAUAUCGGGCACCCACCCCACCACCGGCUUCAUCUGUGCUUCACAUGUUAGAGUUACCGUUUGUAUAAGUCCUAUAUGUUUCAGGGAGCAAAUCAGCUUUCUGUGCCCUGAGAACUCAAGGAGCGAUAGCCUGUGCAGUCAGUACUCUGAUUAGAUCCACUGAAACGAAUGGACUUACAUCUACUGAUUUCUGCUCUGAGUAUCACCCAAGGUGUGCAAAACAUGCAGGUCUGUUUUCAUCUGUACCCUUUCUUGAGGGGCUCCUUGGGCAAAUGAUGUUCUGGCUCUCAGAACUCCAGGUGGCAGGUGAGGCUGUUGGAAGUGCUGGAGGAAUGUGGAAACUCCUCCUUCCAUCCAGUGUCACAGGGAGUGAGGCCAUAGCGGAAGAACACACACACACACAGAGAGAGAGAGAGAGCGCUAUACUUCCCUGGAAGUGUGUUACUCAGCACUAGAUAACGGUAGCACGAGACAUUGAUGUCCAAUGAGGGCGGGAGUCCUUUGUGCUGAAAUGUGCAAAUUAGUUGAGGAUUAAAAGGUUUGGUGGUGCGCCAAAGGGAUCAGGGUGAGCUGGCGUGAUCCCAGUCUCCCACCACUCAAUGAGUAUGAACAUCCACAUAGGUUUAACAUACAUAGAUGUUCCUAUGUGGCAACUAUACCACGGAGAUGGGCUUUGACUCAGGAGGUUUACUGUUUUCCCAUCCACCAUAGAAGCCCAGUAGAUGCAAAAGACUUAGCACAGCUAACCCACUGGAAACAUCAUUGAUGUUUUCUCUUAUCCACUGUAAGGUUUCUUAAAAGAAGAACUGAGGAAGGAACUCUGGGCCCUUGUCUUUCCCCACCCUGCAAGUAGAAAUCGUGAAAGGCUGCUGCUGCAUCCUUGAACCUCCACCACUUUUCGGCUGCUCCAUUUUUCCUCCUUACCAGAAGAAUUGAUUGCAGAGAUGCCUGCUUAUUUCAUGAGGCUUAAUGCAUUGCUAAUGACUGGAUAAGUGCUCUAUUCUACAGUGGUGUCCUCCGCCUACAGCAGAAAAGAUGAAAAGAAUCGCUUCCAGUGCCUGAGCAUUCAUAAAUAGUUUUCAGUUGCCUAGUUACAGACAGCCUUUAUUUAAGGAAGCAGGGCUGCAUAUGUAAGCUGGUGGUGGCUUGGUUCAGACAACCAUGUUUUUCUCCAGCGAGCCUUGAUUUCUGCAAAACCAAAAGACUCAUUGAUUGCUUUCAGUUCUUAUGGUUUUGUUGGAAAAGUGUGGUGGAUCAAAGUGGGCUGAAGAGGUCCAAUGAGCGAUGGGCUCCAGCAGCCACCAUGUUUUCUGAUUUUUGUCCAAAGAUGAUGGCUUGAAGAGCUUCUUGCUUUGGAUCCCUUUGCACAAUCAAGUUUUGCUUUUUCAUCCCAUAACUUGGUGUUUUGCAAAAGUUUUAUCACUUAUUUGUGCAGUGGGGGGGGGGGGCCCAAGUUUUCCAGAGUCCAUCUGACAUUUAUUUACUACCACUGUUGACUCAGCCAUCCAUAUGCCAGGUAGAUCAGGGUGUAGUUUCCUCUACUUUUGAUGCUUUGUGUAUGCUGAAAGGUAGAUCAAGACUGAAUUUGAAGUGGGAGGUGGUUGACCAUAAUCUCGCCACCUGCCUGUUGGUAUGCAAACAGUCCCUGCUUUAUUGUUCGUUGAAUCCAGCAGAAUCGUUGUAUGUGUGGAACGGCUUCCAAAAGUGCAACAGAACUUCUCCCUCUCCCUGCGCCACCCCAUAUCUGCCCCAGAGGGUUGGAGGAACCCCCAGAACAGAGUUGGGGAGCACCCAGAAAGAAGAGAGACAGGAGUUACAUUGAAUUCAAGGAAGUCAUUCUACUCAUCUAGUGACUUAUGAUAUUAUCAAUACUUUUAUUAUUUAUAUCCCGCCCAUCUGGUUGAAUACAACCCUGUUUUUUAAUUCCACCUUUCCUCCAAAGACCUUAGGCAAGCAUACAUAAUUUCUCUCCCUUAGUCCUUUCACAGCAUCCUUGUGGGGUAGCUUAGACAGAGAGAAAGAGAGAAGCUGUGUGGCUCAACAGGGUUGCAAACGCCAGUUGAGUGAUAUUCUGAGGUUGUGACUUUUGUCCCAUAACACCACUCUGGGGUUGUGAAAUCAAAGAGCCUUGUCCCCCCAUGCAUGCCUGCAUGAUAAAAGACUGUAGGAAUUCAGCUGGGAAUUCUUGCUUUUGAUCCAGGGAAACUGUUUGGGAGGGAAUGAAAACAUGUGAAGCCUCAUGAGUAGAGGAAGUCUGUUGACAGGCAGAGAACAGGCAGUGAGGCUGGCGUUUUGGAGGACGUAUUCUGUGUCCUGACUGUGCCAUCUGUUUAAGCAGCUGUAGCUUGCAAAUGCUUAUGUCAGUGGGGUGCCAUGGGCAGAGAGUCCGGGACUGUGUGUGUGUGUGUGUGUGUGUGUGUGUGUGUAGUGUUUGUGUGGAACACUUGGCAUUGUUUGCAGAAGACCCCCUCUGCUCAGCCCUUGGGAUCUCCCAUACAAAGGCUGUCAAGUCCCAGGACCAGAGAAAGCAUCUUCCUCUCUGCUGCCACUCCAGCUCUGAUUGGACAGUACAAGUUUAGAUAAACAGAUAAAAUUCUGUAGAAGCCAAGUCCUUUGUGAUCUGACUGUUGGUCUGCAAAAUGCCACAGGAUGCUCUUUUCAAAGUCGUGUUUCUUCUUUACAUGAAUAAGCUGUUUGGGUUCAGUCAUCCUUGCAGCAAUCCACAAGGAGCCUUAUAAUUGGACUGAGUUUGGGAUAUGCUUGGACCAGAUCAGCUUGCACCACCCCAGGAACGUUCUUGGUCGGUAGCAAAACUCCUAACCAUGUAAAUCAGGGAAGGGAAAACUCAGACCUGCCAGCCAAAUGGGGGGCUUCAGGGCUCUCUAUCCAGCCCUUGGAACUGCCCCCGAGACACUUGGCCCUCUUUUUGCCUGACUGGAAAGUGCCCUUGAAAUGUGAUGAUGCCUCUUGCUUGUCUGGAUGAAGGAUGAGAUGGGUGUUGUGAGUGCAUGUAGAAAUGAAACUACAGUACAAAGGUAAAAUGUCAUUGGUUGCCUCGCCCACUGUUGCUUCUGGCCCUGCCCACCACUGGCAUGCGGCCCCUGGAAUGGAAUGGGAGUGAACUCUGAAUUGGACAAGCCAGUGAACUCUGAAUUGGACAACUUGCAACCGCAGCUGGUGUUUCACCAACCUGGUGCCCUCCAGAAGACUUGGGCUACAACUCCCAACGGUCCCAGCUGGCAUAGUCAUGUGAGCUAGGGCUGACAGGAAUUGUUGUCCAAAACAUUUGGAGGGCACCCGGUUGGGGACGGCUGGUGUGGAAGGUCAAAGUACCUUGUCUCCUGUAUGUCAUGAGGUAAAUAGAAGGCCUACCGAAGGAAUUAUUAUUAAUUUUUUCUGUUGCGUUAUAAAAAGGAAAGGACUGCAUUAAGGAAGCAUUUCUCCCUUUCACUUUUUGGUUUGUUACUUUCAUGAUCUGUUUUUGAACCACCCUCUCAUUUCAUUUUAAUACAUACUGAGCACCAGAGAUUAAAAAAGCAAGGCAGAAAUGCCUGAAUGAAAACAAGUAAUUAAAAUAUCGUCCAUUCAUCUUUUUUUUUCCCCUCCCAGAUGUUAAGCCAUCCAACAUUUUGGUAAACUCUAGAGGGGAGAUCAAGCUUUGUGAUUUUGGUGUCAGUGGACAGCUGAUAGAUUCAAUGGCUAACUCCUUUGUGGGCACAAGGUCCUACAUGUCCGUAAGUACAGACAACGAUGAUGAUGAUGAAACUGUGAUGGUCCAGUUUACUCAGGACAAAAUGGCCAUGUGCUGAGAGCGCUUCCAUGUCCUCAUGUGGUGUGCUUUUUACCAUGUGUGACAGUUGCCCGUUGGUGUGCUUUGCAGUUGUGUACCUGCCACAGAAUUACGUGUUUGCAUUGCUGGAAAGGGAUGCAGUUACGACAGACGUUGCUAGAAUCAAACCUUGCCAGGAUUUUGUGGCUCAUGAACUUCAGAUGCAGUUGGGGCAGGAUUUUAAGGAACUUGACCCUUUCCUCAGAGCUGGACCUGACUUGCCUCUCCCAUUACUUGUGGUUGGUGUUAUUCCCAGGAUGAGCUUCAGAGAGGGCUAGUGGAGGAGCCGUGGUCAUUUCAAGUUGAGCGCCACGUAAUUUCCUGUGGCAUAGAGGCUUAACAACAGAUCGCAGGCUGAGCAGCACGAACUACAGCUAAAAAUUGGCAGUUCUCUUUGAUAUUUAUGAAGGCUUCAGCAGUGCAGCAUUCCUGAAGGCUUCUGAAGGUCCCACAGGCUUACAAAUUCUCCUGCUGUAGGGGAAAGGAAAGCAAAAGAAAAGGGGCCAGCCUGACUAAGCAGAAUUAAAACGCCUUCUUCCAUUUUGUUUUCUUCGCCACACUCGCCAGGGGUUUGCUCUCUUUUACAUUGCAAAUUUCUGCUGUCUCGGGCUUUUAGAUUUAUUUCUGUUCUAUCUUUUGUGGUUUUUUUGUGCAUGUAGCCAGAAAGACUACAAGGGACUCACUAUUCGGUCCAGUCAGACAUCUGGAGCAUGGGACUCUCCCUGGUCGAGAUGGCCAUCGGCCGGUAUCCGAUCCCCCCACCUGAUUCGAAGGAGCUGGAACUCAUGUUCGGUUGCCCCAUAGGGGGCGACUCGCCUGUCUCUGAGGCAUCCCCAAGGCAAAGAACACCCAACCGGCCAAUGAGCGGUAAGAUAAUAGUCAUAAAUCUUGUUGCGUUUGCUCCAAGUUGUGACUUUUUGGGUUGCAAUCGCUGCACGCGCAAAAGCGCUCUAUAGCACUCCGCGCUUGUGCAGAAGCGCUGCUCUAGUUGCGGACUUUUCGGGGUGCAAACGGCACCCCGGAACGGAUCAUGUCCGCAACUAGAGGUACCACUGUAUUGGCUGAUGCAUUCUGUGCCCAGGGCCUGGAAAUCUGCCUAAACCCACCCAAAUUCCAAGGUUCUGCUGCCUAUAGGGAAAGCUCUACAAAGGCAAUAGGAGACUUCACAAUGCGGCAGUCUUGUGGUCAGCAAGUCGGUGUCAUUUAUGCUGCCUUUUCCUCUCUGAACCCAAAAUCCUGCUUUCUGUAGCAAACUUGCCCUCUUCGUGCCCAUGGUGUAGGUUGUCCAGUUUAACACAGGGAGGAGGACCAUGUCAGCAAAGACGUAUGAUGCCGUCCCAGAGCUGGUCUCUGUACAGAGGCCUUCUUGGGCUUGAUGAAGACAAUAUACCUAGGAAUAAAGGAAACUGCUUAUACUGCAUCAGACAAUGGGUCCAGCUAACUCAGUCUACACUGACUGGCAGUGGCUCUCCGGGAUUGCAGGUGGGGACACUUCCCAGUCCUGCCUGGAGCUGCUAUUUGGGAUUGAACCUGGGACCUUCUGCAUGCAAGGCAAAUGCUCUACCACUGAGCUAUGGCCCUUCCCCAAAGUGUAAUUAUAUUCUCCUCAGGGUAGGAGUUGAGACUCAUUUAUAAAGUAGCCAUUUAUGCGAUGGCGAAUUGAAUACACCUUUGGGGAAUAAUUUUCUUCGGCUGGAUGGUGGUUCAGCAACCCGUCAUCAUGCAGCUUCCUAGCUCGGUGCCUUGUUAUUUUCAGCGCCUGCCCCCCCUUUUAAGGCAAACCUACCCAUUAUUAUGUAUGUAUAUUUUUUAUUUUAAAAGUGUUUUAUCUAUUUACUUAGAUAAAUUUUAUGCCUGCUUGUUCUUAACGCUGGGUUUUUAUCAGUAUUUUUUAAGUCAGUAUUUUGCAUUGCUUCAUGUUAAGCUGGUUUUAGUUGUCCAAGCUGUAUAUAAACCUUGUUAGGUAAAUAGACAUAAAUAAAUAAAUUGAGGCUGCAAAAACUGCACAAACUUCUCCACAAGAGUAAUUAUGACAAAAUGAGGCGCUUGGAAGACUUUUUUCAAUUCAGAGCUGCUUCUGCAGACAUGGUUAUUUUCAGAUUAUUGACUGAACCUCUUUCCUGACCGCUUCCCAUUUCACAAGGGGCUCACUGUAACUAAAGCAGCCUUCUCCAACCUGGUGCCCUCCAGCUGUUUUGGGCUAUAACACCCAUCGUCCUCAGCCAGCAAAUGCUGGCUUGGGUUGAUGGGAGUUGUAGUUCCAGAAAAGCUGCAAGGCAUAAGGUUGGAGAAGGCUGAUGAGGUAAUGAGGUACCUAGCAAAUGAGGUACCUAGCUACUGCCAAAUGUUUCUGCCAGACAGCAUUGGUGUUUUUUUGUUUUUUAAAAAGAAAUAAAGCAGCAAUGAGUAACAAAACCUCAGUGGGCAUUUUGUAAGCAUGUGAAUAUCUGGACUUCAUGUGAGCAUUUGAAAACCACCAUUUAGAGAUGGCUUUGGGGGUAACAGAACUUACUAGAAAAGGUAGGAACAACAACAAAAAGUAAGAAUGAGAAAUGAGUUGUCCCAUUAACUUCCAACCUCUGUUGCGACUUUUCAGCUUAUGGCUCAGACAGCAGACCACCAAUGGCUAUAUUUGAACUCCUAGACUAUAUUGUCAAUGAGGUAAGCCAGCUGCUAUCACUCUGUAUUUUGCGUUUUGGUGAGUUUUGCAAGGAGGAAAUGUGCUGUAAGGAGGGUUUAGACUUCACCCCAUUCCAGCAUAUGGAUCCUUCAAAAUGUAAAGGUAGCUUGUCUCACCCUGGAUGUGGGUGGGGUGGGUGCAAACUCCCCUGCACUGUGCACAGUUCAAGCAACAUGUUAGGACAAGAGGGGGGGAAGGUCAGGCUCAGGGGCCAAAUGUGGUCCCCAAGCCAUUCUAUCUGGCCCUUGGAACUCUCCAGGCCAUAGGCCCCACUCAUAUCUGGGCUCUACUUCACAUGCUGGGUGUUCUUGCCCUGCUGGGAUGUGUCCUUGAACUCCAAUUAUACUUCUCGCUUGCCUGCCCAUACCUGGCCAAACUCCACAUCUGUUGCUCUGCCCACUUUUGCCCUGCCCUUCACUCUAAUGUGGCCCUCAGGAGAUUGCCCAGAAGUGAAUGUGGCCCUCUGGCUGAACAGGUUUCCCCACCCCUGCUUUAGAAUCCAGCUAACUCAAGUGAGACAAGCUGCUUGCGGGGGCUUCUUCCCUGCAAUCUGUGCCAAUUUGGGGGCCGAGAGGGAACCCUUUGCAGGAAGGCUCUCACCUGAUCCUCCAUCCUCCUCCUCCAGUUGUGGUGCUCUUCCAUUUCCCCUGGGGAAGAAGGGAGGGUGCCAAUCCCAAGCCUAACACGCUCGAGUCAUGUGGAGCCUAAAAGAUUGCACUUUCGGACCCACGAUCAUUUGGUGAGCCUGAAACAAAGCAAGGGCUGCAAGAUAUUGAAACAGGAUGCAGCAUCCAAGAGAGACCAUCCCAGGGAUUGCAAAUGCGAGAGGGCUGUACAUUGCCCUUGCUUAUUUUAAUACCUUGUCAUGCAAAAGCACCACUGCAUUCGGAUCAGUGUUUUAUUCCCCCUUUCAGAGCCCUGAUUUCCAGCACUGAGACUCUGGGGCUUGGAGUCACUGUACACAUUGCAUGAUGCACACAAAGCUUUUAUUCACUUCUUUUGGUGACUCACAAAUGUGCUCUGGUGUUCAAUUUAAAACUAAAACCCUGUCUUUUAGACACUUGCUGCCAUGAUCAUAUCCUUUGACAUUGUCAACAUUUCUACACGGCCCCAAAAAAACACCCCCCACCCCCCCCGUUUGCCUGCCAACACUAAAUCUGUGCUUCCGGUCUCAAAAGGCAGCUAAUGUUUGUAUGUGGGUGAAGUUUUGAACAAACUGAUUCUGUCAGCCCCUUCACACCAUGCAAGAUGCCGCUUGGACCUUUCUCUGAUGUCACAUGUGAAUGCCUUAUUUGUCAAGAGAGUGCUUAAAACCCCUUCAACUCAAUUGCAUCCUUUUUAUGCCUUCCUAAAGAACCAUUAAAUAAACUGCAAGUUUCAGGUGUUACACUGUUGCAAUGUUUAUUCUUUUUUGCUUUCAUCUCUUUGCCACAUCCCCCCCCCAGCCUCCUCCAAAGCUUCCCAGUGGAGUCUUCAGUCCAGAAUUCCAGGACUUUGUGAACAAGUGGUGAGUUCAGUUCUUGAGCAGCUUAUUUUCAGAGGAAAUGUUUUUUACGUGUGUUUUUCAAAGUCUGUUUUGGGUACACUAGUAAAUAAAAAGUAUGGCUUUGCUUUUUGGAAAGGAUCCUAAGCAGACGGGGUCAAAAUGCUUCUGGGUCUCCCAAAUGCCAGUCCUCUUUCCCCUUAAUUUAACAUGGGUGGGGAACCUCUGGCUGUAGGCCUAAUGAGGCCCUCCCAAGACCCACCCACAUUUGACCCAUGAGGCCAUUUUUGCCAAACCAUACCCCCCUGCCACCGUAUAUGACAUCAGCUGUUGGACCGGUAAAGGCAGGGCAUGGACAAAAAGGACUUAGGCAAUGCCUGUAUUCAGCUGUGGCUGCAAAGCACUUUGCGCCAUGUUUCCCAAGCGCUGGCUAUCAGCUGAUUGUUGCUGCUUGGGUAGAGCUGCACACAGAACCUAGCGCUAGCAGUCAGCUGAUUGUCGGCAGAAGGGAAAUGCUGUACAUACUUCUUUCCCCUCACGGUUUGGUUUCCAGCAGCGUGGCAAAAACAGGUCAUUUGACUCCCAGUUGUCAAGCCUGGCCUGUGGGUGUGUGAAGGAUCUGCUCCACUGGUCAGGAUCCAGUUCCCCACCUCAGAUUCAGCCCACAGCACAAGCCAGGGUGAAGUUCUCUUGCACAAGCCCUGUUGAAAUAUUCAGGAGCCGCACAAGAGUUGUCAUUUGGUGCCGUAUCACCAUCUAAAGCCGGCCAAAUGGUUAGCAAUGAUUGGCAUUGUCCGUUCUGUGAUGCAGAGUGUAUUGAAGUGGCAAGAGGAGUAUGACACUCUUUCCUUUUAUGCAGCUUGGUCAAGAAUCCAGCAGAGAGGGCAGAUCUGAAGCAGCUGGUGGUGAGUGGAAACUCCUUUCUCUGCUAACAGUAUUCUGGGGCUUUCCAAGAUGCCUUCUGCCAGCUUUUGAUAUCUGGAGGCUGGAUAGAAGUCACGGUCUAAGGAAGCUGGUAUAAAAAGAGUCCCCUCUGGCCUCUACCCGUGCAAUGAAAAUACAUUUUGCUGCCUUAAUCUGCUCCAUGCUAAUUAUGUAACAACCCCCAUGGAAGCCUCAAAGUUGGGCCUUCUUUGUUGUAACCCCCCCCCCCCUUUUGCAUCCUCUAGGUCCACACAUUCAUAAAGAGAUCAGAAGCCGAGGAAGUGGAUUUUGCAGGCUGGCUGUGUGCCACCAUAGGCCUUAAUCAGCCUAGCACCCCGACCCAUGUGGGAGGAGUCUGAAUUUGGAGUCUCCAGGGCAAACAACACACCAAGAGCUCCUGCGGCCGAUUCCUUCUGCUCCUGCUCUUCCCGCGCCACCUUCAUUCCAAGUGGAGUCUGACCAGGACUUCCCCCUGCAAGACCCACUGAAAGCAAACUGGAAUGGCGCCUGGUGGAUUUGUGUUCCAAGCUACUUCCUGUUCCAACUGUUUAAAGCUGUUUUGGUCCUGUUUCUCAGAGCUUCUGUCUACUAAAAAAGAAGUCUAUUCCCCAGCCCAUAAACUUCCCCUUUAAAAGUGUCUCCCUAAUUUUAGCAUGUGCCAAAUUCUCCCCCCCCCCCCACUCCCCGUCUCUUUUAUUUCCUCUUUAGGGUUCUAAAUUAACAGCUGUUGUGUUUGAUUCCUUAUUUGUUAACUGACCAAACAUGUGAUGCUUUAAGUGAUAGCGAUAUGGCAAAUUUGGCACUGGAUGUUGGGAUAUCCUUUCAACAAGUAGGAAAUCCUGCUGGAGCUGCUUCCUUCUCACCUCUGCUGGGUUGUUUUGACCGUGAGCCUUUUGUGACUUUGGUGGUACUUUCCCCCAAGCCUUGCUUAGCCAGUGUUGCGGGCAGAACAGUUCAGAGAUGCCCCAAGUCCAGCCUCCCCUGAAGCAUGUCUUUGCUGCUGCUAAUCUGAGAUUGAAGUUAUGAAUAAUGGCUCUGAUAUUUUGGUUUGUAUAACAGACUCUUGGUAAAUGUGAGUAGGACCCCGUGCCGUAGACUGCUGCCACCCUCCCCCAGGUCAACACAUAGAAAUCUGUUGGCACUUCUAUUUAUUUUUAAGUGUCUUGUUGCAUAUGUUUGGGAUUUGCUUAGUGGUAUACAUCUGUCCCCUUCCGGUUAAUUUGGUACAGGCAGCUGCCCGUUUAUGCACAUUCAGUAUGUGUGAGACCAAACCUGGAAGUGACCUGGAAAUGUCCUAAAGACACCACUGAAACAUCAUUUAAAAAGGGCAGAACGGUGUUUGUGGGCUUUUUCAAUGGGUUUCGAUUAUGCGCAAUUUCACUGAUGCGCACGGUGCCUCGGAACAUAACCCCCGUGUAAAUGGGGGGACUGUCUGUAUCUGUUUUUUGAGAACAGGUGAUGAAAGAACCAUUUCUCUCAGCCAGAAUCAAAGACUUUUUGAAGAAUGAGUAAUAAAUGAUUAUGAUAAUAAUAAUACACAUCAGAAUGGUUUCCCUUCUAGGUCAGCUGAUGUUUGAUAUGACAAAUUGUGCAUACUUAAGUGUUUGAAAAUUCUUUUAAUCAUUUUUAUUAUUUCAGGUGUUUCAUCUUACACUAAUAAAUGUCAUGAAAUU